ACUGUUGAUUUUAAAGAAUUAAAAGCUAUAGGAUUUUUUCUUUGUUAACACAUCACACACGAGUUUUGUUAGAGAUGAUAUCAUUUACCGAUGAAAUACAGUAAAAUCUCGAUUUAACGGACUAAUUCGAUAGAAAGGGGUGUCAGUUGUAUAAUACAGUAGACUUUCCAAAUGUGUAUGUUAAAAAUUGACAAAAAUGGGGGUGCUCUGACUAUCAAAGCUGUUGGCGUGAAUUUUUCUCCACUUCCAUACUUUGUCUGAUUUUUCAAGAAAUGAAAAAUUUUGAAUUGUUUUUGAAUAAAAGGAAUAAUAUUAAGCUUCUUAUUUUAUUGUUACUGAUUGCUGGAAUAGAACCAAAUCCUGGUCCCUUACAGAAAACUCCAACAAAGAGAGGAAGAUCAUCUACUCGUCAGAAAUUGCUGACUAAUGAUAUCAAACGAUUGAAACCAGAUUCAAACCUUAUCACUGAAUAUACUGAACCUAGAAGAGCCGAAUCAUCAUAUCAAACAGGGAUUUUAGCCCAGAAGGAGUAUGGAAAUGGAGUAAAAUACGGAUCGAGUUUCAUAGCUGCUUCCUAUGUAAAGUUCUUAGAAGCAGCUGGAGCAAGAGUUGUUCCUAUAUUAGUGAACAAGACACAGGCAUAUUAUGAAGAUCUAUUCAUCUCUCUCAAUGGAGUACAAGGACGAUUUUCGCUAUUUAUCCACACAUUCGGGUAUCUCUCAAUUCCUUUAUCAAUUAUCCAAAGUCCGUUUGAAUUAUUUAUCGUCGUUCGAAAAGUUUUCGAACUAAAAAUGAAGCUUGCAGUAAUUUUAUUUAUCCUCGAUUUUGCAUUUAGUACCUACUCUCAACCAAUUAACCAACGUCCAAUUAUAGGGAUUUUAGCCCAGAAGGAGUAUGGAAAUGGAGUAAAAUACGGAUCGAGUUUCAUAGCUGCUUCCUAUGUAAAGUUCUUAGAAGCAGCUGGAGCAAGAGUUGUUCCUAUAUUAGUGAACAAGACACAGGCAUAUUAUGAAGAUCUAUUCAUCUCUCUCAAUGGUGUACUUUUUCCCGGAGGAUCCGCACGUUUAGCUACGUCCGGUUACGGAAAAGCUGGUAAAAUAAUUUUUGACCUCGCUAUUAAGGCAAAUGAACGGGGUGACUAUUUUCCUCUAUGGGGAACGUGCUUGGGAUUUGAAUUGCUAAGUUAUUUGGCGGUGGAUAAAAAUCUUUUAAAAUGGUGUUCUGUACAGGAUGUUGCAUUGCCAUUAAAUGCAACAAAAGGUAAUUAUGCUUUACAUAUUUCCCGCAAAUAUCCAUUCUAUGCAGUAGCCUGGCAUCCUGAAAAAAACCAAUACGAAUUUGUUUACAAUGCCAAACACCAAAAUAUUCCACACAGUUAUGAAGCUAUAUUAAUUUCACAAUAUUUUGCAAAUUUUUUUGUAAAUGAAACAAGGAAGAAUUUCCAUCAAUUUUCUUCUGUAAAACAAGAGCAAGAAGCACUAAUUUACAAAUAUAAUCCAGUUUAUACAGGACUUCACGGUUCUAGUUAUGAGCAGAAAUAUUUUUUUAAUGCAAAUAUCAUAUUUUCAAUUGCUGUAUACUCGACCAAUAAAAUUUUGCCAUUUGUACCAUCCAAGUAUAGCAAUAAACAUGUCAAUGGAAGGCUAAAAUAA